UGCCGAAAGUUGCCUAAGGCUCUUAAAGAAUGGAAAGCCUACGAGGAUCUCUCCAUGACAAUAGACAACUUUAAUGAGACAUGCCCAAUAUUGGAGAUGAUGGCUAACAAAGCUAUGGUAUCCCGUCACUGGGAACGCCUUGAAAACAUAACUGGGCACAAAUUCGAAGUGGAUGCGGACAAUUUCCUACUUCGAAACCUAAUGGAAGCACCACUUCUCAAGCAUAAAGAAGAGAUCGAAGUGCAAUCUGUAUGUAGUGGUCGUCACACCAUACGCCUUGCAAUCAGUUUUACCCAAGUUAUUUCGCGAGAUUUGGAGCUUUUUUAA